GCUAUAGGACCUGUGAUGAUGUCACCAUCAUGUGACCAGUACAGGAGGGGCGGAGCUCAUUCUGAGUACUGUAUAUGAGCUAUUUUCCUCACUGACCCCCUAAGGAUGGAGAAGGACAGAGACCCGAUGGCUGAGAUAAUCUUACACCUCACCCUAGAGAUCAUCUACCUGCUGACCGGAGAGGAUUACACGGUAGUGAAGAUGGUGACUGAAGAGGGUGAAGGCCGGAGCAGGGAGAAGGUUCCUAUAUCAAGGCCUCCACCGCACUCACUAAUACAUAAGGGAAACAGUCAUCAGGAGAUCCUGGAGCUCAUCAACAAGAUGAUGGAGCUGCUGACUAGAGAGGUUCCUAUAAGGUGUCAGGAUGUGGCGGUCUAUUUCUCCAUGGAGGAGUGGGAGUAUGUAGAAGGACACAAGGAUCUCUACCAGGACAUAAUCAUGAUGGAGGAUCACCGGCCCCUCACAUCACAAGAUGGAUUUAUUGAUAGAAAUCCACCCGAGAGGUGUCCCCGUCCUCUGCAUUCCCAGGACUGUGCAGAGGGAAAUGUCCCAGAGAAUCAUCAGGGUGAAGAUCUGAUGGAUAUUAAGGUUGAGGUUAUAGAUGAAGAAGAGGAGGAGACGGGUGUCAUGGCCGAUCAUCAGUGUAAGGAGGAGGAGACGGGUGUGAUGGCCGAUCAUCAGUAUGGAUAUAGAGGAGCUGAUGUAUUCAUUCCCUGUGUGUUCCCUACAGAUGGAGUCAUGGAUAGAAAUCCACCCGAGAGGUGUCCCCGCCCUCUGUAUUCUCAGGACUGUCUAGAGGGAAAUGUCCCAGAGAAGCAUCAGGGGGGAGAUCUGACUUAUAAUAAAGUGGAGGAUGAAGAAGAGAGGAUGAGGGGCCAUCACCCAUGUAUGAGGGAAGUGAAGGAGGAAAUUCCAGGAGGUGUUACCCCAGAAAAUCCCAGUAAAAACGCCAUGGAAAUCAUCAUGUUCUAUUAUAAAGGAGAAGAUGGAGAGAUCAUGGAGCGCUCCUCAGGAGAAGAUGGAGAGAUCAUGGAGCGCUCCUCAGGGGAAGAUGGAGAGAUCAUGGAGCGCUACUCUGGAGAAGACCUCCUUACUCCUAAUGUCCAUCCAGAUCUAUCAUAUAAUAAUCCCCCUGAUCACGGGGAACCUUCUCACCAACCACACAUUCUCACCACAAGGACAGGCCAGAAAGGUGAGAAAAGGUAUCAAUGUGGUGAGUGUGAAAGAGGGUUUGCAAAAACAUCAGAACUCUUUACACACAGAAAAAGUCACACAGGAGAGAAUCCAUUCUCCUGUUCAGAAUGUGGAAAAUGUUUUACUACUAAAGGAAAACUCAAGGAUCAUCAGAGAAGUCACAAGGGGGAAAAAUCAUUUUUAUGUUCAGAAUGUGGGAAAUGUUUUAUGCUAAAAUCAGAUCUUGUCAAACAUCAGAGAAUUCACACAGGUGAGAAACCAUAUUCAUGUUCUGAAUGUGGGAAAUGCUUUACAGAUAGAUCAAAUCUUCUUACACAUGAGCGAAUUCACACAGGAGAGAAACCAUUUUCAUGCUCACUAUGUGGGAAAUGUUUUACCGAAAAGUCAAGUCUUGUAACACAUGAGAGAAUUCACACAGGGGAGAAGCCAUAUUCAUGUUCACGGUGUGAGAAAUGUUUCAUAAAUAAAUCAAGUCUUAUUACACAUGAGAGAAUUCACACAGGGGAGAGGCCAUAUGCAUGUUCAGAAUGCGAAAAAUGUUUUUCAGAAAAAUCUACUCUUGUUACACAUGAGAGAAUUCACACAGGAGAGAAGCCAUAUUCAUGUUCACAAUGUGGCAAAGGUUUUAUAAGUAAAUCAAAUCUUAUUACACAUGAAAGAAUUCACACAGGAGAGAAGCCAUAUUCAUGUUCAGAAUGUGGAAAAUGCUUUAUAAAUAAAUCAAGUCUUGUUACACAUCAGAGAAGUCAUACUGGGGAGAAGCCAUAUGCAUGUUCAGAAUGUGGUAAAUGUUUUACAGAUAAAUCAAAUCUUGUUACACAUGAGAGAAUACACACAGGACAGAAGCCAUAUUCAUGUUCAGAAUGUGGGAAAUGUUUUACUAAUAAAUCAAAUCUUGUUAAGCAUAAGAGAAGUCACACAGGAGAGAAGCCAUUUUCAUGUCCUGAAUGUGGAAAAUGCUUUAUUACUAAAGCCAGGCUUGGGGAUCAUCAGAGAAGUCACACAGGGGAAAAGCUGUUUUAAUGUUUUGU